UUUAUGUCGUAGUACAGUUACUAGUUUAUGCAUGAUUGAUAUUACGGAUAUUUAUUUUUGCACAUACCGGCACAAACUAUUGCAUUUAUCAUUUUACGGCUUACAUAAAACAUUUAAUAGUGUUCAUUGUGUAAGUUUAAAUCAUUUGAUUUGAUAGAUUUUUCAGUAACCAGUAACCAUACAUUUUAUAUUUUGACAAAAAUCUGGACAUUUACAAAAUUGGCAUUUUAGUAUUGCAGUACCCGAACACAAACACAGAACUAUAAAAUUGUCAGAAAUGGUAAAACGCUCGGAGAUAGAAAACGAAGAUAUUUCACUGGAUGGAAAUUUCUUGUGUGAUGGUAAAGGAGGAACUGUUCCAUAUGAUCGAAAUAAUUCUAGUUUACAUUUGAAGAGGGACCAGUGGUCCAGUAAAUUGGAUUUUAUUCUUGCCUGUGUAGGGUGCGCUGUUGGACUCGGAAAUAUUUGGAGAUUUCCAUACCUGUGCUAUAAGAAUGGAGGAGGGGCAUUUCUGAUACCGUAUAUUAUAUGCCUUGUCACGUGCGGUUUGCCGCUGUUUAUGAUGGAACUGGCUCUCGGACAAUAUAUGAAUAUUGGCAGUGUAGAAACAUGGGCUAGACUGAUUCCAGCAUUUAAAGGAGUAGGAAUAGCAUCGUUUGUUGUCACUUUCCAAAUGAACAUCUACUAUAUCAUAAUCUUGGCUUGGGCUGCCUACUUUCUUGUCAUGUCGUUUACUUCAACACUUCCGUGGUCACAUUGUAACAAUGAGUGGAAUACCGAAAGAUGUUUUCCUCAACUGAACGUUACACCAAAUAUAAAUGCGUCCGCUGUGAUGGUGAAUGUAUCAACAAGUGACAAGAACGUUGACGCUGUUACAGAGUUCUGGGAAAGAAAGGUUCUACAUAUUUCGAAAGGUAUCGACGAGCCUGGAAGCAUAGUUUGGGAGUUGGCUAUAUCUCUACUGGUUGUUUGGAUCUUGGUCUAUUUCUGUGUUUGCAGGGGUGUCAGAGUGAGUGGAAAGAUAGUUUAUUUUACUGCACUGUUCCCAUAUCUUGUUCUAACAAUCCUCCUGAUACGUGGAGUGACACUAGAUGGGGCUAGUGAUGGCAUAUACUUCUACCUGAAGCCGGACUUCUCUAGACUGACAGAUCCACAGGUAUGGGUUGAUGGUGGCACACAGAUAUUCUUUUCUUAUGUUCUUGCCACCGGUAUUGUUACAACACUGGGCAGCUACAAUAAGUAUAAUAACAACUUUUACAGGGACAGCUUCAUCAUAUCAGCUAUCAACAGCUGUACCAGUUUCUACGGAGGUUUUGCUGUAUUUUCCGUUCUUGGUUUCAUGGCAAAGGAACAAAAUGUUACAGUUGGAGAAGUUGUCAAAUCUGGUCCCGGCUUAGUGUUUAUUGCAUACCCCAAGGCAAUCACGGAAAUGCCACUGUCGCCUCUCUGGGCGAUUGUGUUCUUUUUCAUGAUUUUACUCGUUGGGUUCGAUAGUCAGUUUGUGGAUGUAGAAGCAUUUUUGGCGCCAAUUAUAGACGCUUUCCCACAAUACCUGUACCGGAAAAGAAAUAGAAUGAUCCUUACCGCAGUAUAUUGUCUACUUUCUUACUUAAUUGGAUUAACAAUGUUAACAGAGGGUGGAAUGUACGUCUUUCAAAUUUUUGACUACUACAGCGCCAGUGGACUCGUCUUGCUAUGGAUUUGUUUCUUUGAGGCGAUUGUUGUCUCAUGGGUGUUUGGAGAGGAACGUUUCCAGGAAGCAGCUGAGCUAAUGAUAGGACGGAGAUUUCCAUGCUGGUUUUUUAUAUGUUGGAAAUAUAUCAUACCAGUCAUAACCUCUGCGAUAUUUAUUUUCUCAGUUGUUUCGUUUACACCGCUGACAUAUGAGAAGACGUACAUCUAUCCACGAUGGGCUCAGGCAAUUGGGUUUUGUAUGGCUCUCGUAUCAAUGUUUUGUGUCCCGUUAGUUUUCAUUUACACACUUGUAUCUACAAAAGGAACACUAAGAAAGAGAUGGCAAGUUAUGUUCACACCGCUGCUGCAAACACAUCAGAUUUCAGUGAAGCAGUAAUCAUGAAGAAGGAUUACUGCAUAAGAUUUUGCACACGAAAGACCUAAGAUUUUAAGAUCCGUCUAAAAGUUUGUGCAUUCGUACAUACAGGCUUUCCUUUAUGUAGAAAAUACUAACAAAAUGACCAGUUAGUCAUAAUUGACCAACUUGGACCUUAUUUUUCAAAUUCAAACUUUGGAGCACUAUGUGAAAAUGUAGAAAAUACAUGUACUAACAAAAUGGUGAGUCAUCCAUAAUUGGGGCAUUAUUUUUUCUGAAGCAAAUUUGAAUUGUCUUCUUUUGGAAUGAUUUGCUUUAUUGUUUUCUUUUAGUCCUAAAUAACACUGAAUUCGAAGUAGUUUAAUGUGGUAGGACAUUGGGAAUACACCGAAACACUUUGAAAUUUGAGGUUCUCCCAAGAUUUAUUCGGAAUAUUUGAACAAAGUCUUCGAUAGCAUGCUAUCAGACCUAUUACGCAUAAUUUCUAAUGUUUAAUUUUGAAAUCAUUGAUGCGUGAAACUGAAUUUGAUGAUUUAGAGAAAAUCUUACUUUCCACCUGCGAUGAGUUCCUAAUGUAAAACUGAAAAUAUUUUCUCUUGUAACUGUACGCAUUCCCACCUCUUAACAGAUAUAGGUUUUUGACGAAGAGGAAGGAUUAUUUUACAAAACAACUUCAAAUCUCGAAGUCCUUCAUUCCAAUAAAUUAUUUUUUUUUAUGCAUUUAAUUUAUUUGACGAUACAAUACCUGAUUUUUCCAGUUAACUGUUUUAAAAAAUCAUGUAAAUCCAGCCUCAUUUUCAAAUCGGACAUUGUAAUAGGGUUAAGGAGAAAUCAUUAUAGCGAAUUUAAUAUUGCAUCGACCUUAAAGCUGUUUGGUAGGCACCAACAACUACAAAAAAAAUGUUAUUUGGACUAUUGGCUUUUGCUGAUUUGCUCCGCGUAUCAGGUGAAAGUAUCAUAAUCAGUUUUGUGUUAUUUUAUGACUUUUGUUUUCGUCGUGGCUGUCUUUAGACGAAUACACCUACGUGGCUAUGUGUCUUUUUAUGAAAGUUUCCAAAAGAGUGACUGCCAGUACAACAAAAUUCAAUUUAAACCUAUGUUUCAAACUAUAGAUAUCGGGAGUUAUUUGAGGUGUGUAUUUUUUAAAGCAGUUAAGUGCAUAAGAAGCGACAAUCUCAUUUCCUAUUAGACUUAAUUAUAUUAUAGUAAGUAACAUAGGCAAGUAACAAAACGUGAUUGAAUGCUUAACUUUAUUACUAUAUUAUCAUAGAUUGUUACCAAAAUAUCAUGCCAUAUUGUGCGAAAUAUAUCUAUAACGAACUAUAAAUUGGAAUGCAUACAAAAAAAACCCCGAAAUUAUAACGAUGCAAAAGCUUCGUGAUAAGCAAAACGUUCACUAAUUAGACAAUGGAGCAGUAGGCUGUGGAUAAAAUGAUGCUGAUAAGAUGGUGAUUUCACAGGAAACGAUUAUGACCUAUAAUAUAAUUACUAAAUAUCGUGCGAAUGAAUAAAGUUAUGUCAUACAGUUUAGAUGCUUUCUUUGGAAAUAAAGAUUGCAACCAGGCAGAAUGGUAGUAGACUUGGUUUGACUGAGUCCGUUCAUAAGAGGGAAUGAAUUCUGCAACACCUCUCACAACCACAAGCACCACCUAAGGAGGAAUGCUAUCAUAGUAACAUUUAAUGUAUAUCAACACCGAGUCCAAAUACGGGAAGUCUUACAGCCGCUACACGGCACUUAAAGACUGAUUUUGUGGAAUUAAUGUGAUUUAAUUGAAACAAAAUUUACCUGUUAACGUGAUACUUUGAAUACUAGUUACUAACAUUAUUAGCAUCCUAACUGAACGUUUUAUUUUUAAUUGCUAAUGCAAAAUUUCAUUGAUAUAACCUUUCGCUGUGAUUAUAAUAAACAUUAAUGCAAAAACGA